UGUUUUGUGUGAUGUGACAUGUUUCAAAUAAUAAAGAUUCAUACAUUUCAUCAUUGUUAACAUUUUAAAAGAAGAUAAUUUGUAAAAUUAAUCAUCACCAUGACUGUAAUGCAGAGAGUAGUAAAGCCAACUACUCAGAAGGGUAAAAGGGCUAUUUUGAGAAAAGAACCUAAAUUAAUAGAAGAGGCUAAACAGAUUUUGUGCUUCAAAGGUAAAAACUCUUCUCAGAUAGUAGUAGAUUUUAUGAAGGAUUUGUAUGAUCUAAAGAAACCAGAUGCUCAUAUGAUGCGAAAGAAAAAUGAUAUAUUACCAUUUGAAGAUGUGACACUUCUUGAAAAGUUCUCUGUAAAAUAUAAUGCACCUCUUUUUAUGAUUGCUUUGCACAAUAAAAAACGUCCUCAUAAUCUAAUAAUGGGAAGAAUGUAUGAACAUACAUUAUUAGACAUGGCAGAAUUUGGUAUAGAAAAUUAUAAAGGCCUACAAGAUUUUAAAGUUCCAAAAAUUUCAGAGGGUAUAAAACCUCUAUUAGUUUUUAAUGGAGAACUUUUUGAAAUUAAUCCUGAAUUGAAUAAGAAUUUAUUUGUAGACAUGUUUCAAAGGGAACCAGCUGAAAAUAUUAGGUUACAAGGUCUUGAACAUGUUUUAAGUUUUACUGCUGUUGAAAAUAAAAUACUUUUACGCAGUUACAGGAUACUCUUGAAAAAGUCUGACUGUAGAAUACCAAGAAUUGAAUUAGAAGAGAUAGGUCCAAGAGUAGAUUUAACUUGUAGACGUACAAAACUUGCUUCUAAUGAUCUCUUUAAGCUUGCUUGCAAAAAACCAAAAGAACUUAAGAUUAAAAAGAAGAAGAACAUGUCUAAAAACAAGCUUGGAACAACCUUUGGUCGUAUUCAUGUUGGAGCACAAAAUCUUAAUAGUAUACAAACAAGGAAAAUGAAAGGAUUAAAAAAGACAAUGGCAGAAAAGAAAGCUGAAAUGAAAAGAAAAAAUGUCGAUAAUAAUGACAAUAGCUCAAAAAAAUUAAAGCCUACUACUGAUUCGGCUGAUUAA